UGGCGAGAAAAAUAUAAAGAAAGAGAAGGGGGGUUUCUUACUGCAUAUAUAUAUAUAUAAGAGAGGAGAACGUAGAUUCAUUGGCCUAUGCCUUUAUGAAAAAUGGGAAAGUUUCAUUUUCUGUUUUCUUUCAUGUUGUUUGCUCUAGUUGUUUAUGGAGUGUAUGAAACUGAAGGAAACACGAAGUCGACGAUGGACGAUAGCAGAAAUGGCAAAAUAGGUGUCAUUGUAGACAAGAGUUCCAGGAUUGGUAAGGAAGAGAUUUUAGCUAUGCAGAUGGCUGUUGAGGAUUUUAACUCCUUUCGCAAUCAAAGGGUCAGUCUUGUCAUCAGAGACUACAAAAGUGAUCCAAAUCUUGCAGCUCUUGCAGCUAAUGAUCUCCUCAAUAUGCAACGAGUCCAGGUUCUAAUAGGACCACAAACUUGGGAAGCGACGUCUAUAGUUGCUGAGGUUGGAAAUGAGAAACAGAUUCCGGUUCUAGCGUUAGCUAAUGAUAUACCAAAGUGGGCAAACAAGAGGUUCAAAUUUUUGGUCGAAGCUUCUCCCUCUCAGUUAAAUCAAAUGAGAGCUAUAGCCGGUAUUGUCAGUUCGUGGGAUUGGCACCUCGUCAAUGUUAUAUAUGAAGAUAAAGAUUUCUCAACCACUGGAAUAUUUCCUCAUCUUGUUCAUGCCCUCAGAGACGUAGGAGCUGAAGUAAAUGAAUUUGUUGGUCUCUCUCAAUUUGAUUCUGAUUUAUUUUGCAGAGAAUUGGAAAGGUUAAGAAGAGGAUCAAGCAGAAUUUUUGUGGUUCAUAUGUCUUUUAAGUUGGCAUUGCGUCUAUUUGAGAUAGCAAAUGAGAUGGGAAUGAUGGGAAAGGAUUAUGUUUGGAUCGCUACUGAUUCUUUCACAAACCUUGCAUAUUCUUUCAAUGCUUCUAGUAACUCUCUACUACAAGGAGUUGUUGGAGUCAAGAGCUUCUUCCCUGAAAACAAUCCUCAAUUUCACGAAUUUUAUCAUCGAUUUUCUCGAAGGUUUAGAUUAGAGCAUUCUGACGAGGACAAUCAUGAGCCUGGUAUUUUCGCUAUUCAGGCUUAUGAUGCUGCAAGGACAGCAGCUAUGGCAAUGAGUAAACUCCAAGAAAAGGGUAAUCACUUGAUGGAGAAAAUAGAGCUCACUGAUUUUCAAGGACUCGGUGGAAAGAUUCAGUUUAGGGACAGACAAUUAGCGUCAUCUGAUACUUUUCAAAUCAUCAAUGUGAUGGGGAGGAGUUAUAGAGAACUAGGCUUCUGGUCUGAUAAAUUAGGCUUCUCACGAGAGUUGAGGGAAAAUUCGUCUUCUAGCUCGUCUAUGAAGGAUCUCGUCGAAGUGCUUUGGCCUGGUGGAUCGUCUGUAACUCCAAGGGGUUGGGUUGUACCGACAGAUGCCACUCCAUUGAGAAUUGGGGUGCCAACUAGUUCCAUGUUCAAACAGUAUGUACAUGUGGAAGGAGAUCCUACGGGAAACAAUUUAUCCUUCAAUGGACUUGCAAUUGAUCUGUUUAAAGCAACCUUAGACAACCUUAACUUCCCUCUACCAUACCAGUUUUUUCGUUUCGAUGGACCAUAUGAUGAUUUGGUAGAGCAAAUCUACCUGAAGAACUUCGAUGCAGCCGUAGGUGAUAUAGCGAUAUUAUCACGACGCUAUAAGCAUGCAGAGUUUACACAUCCUUACUCAGAAGCAGGACUUGUGAUGGUAGUUCCUACCACAAAAGAUACAAGUAAUAGAGCAUUGAUGUUCACAAAGCCUUUUACAGCGACCAUGUGGUUUGCAAUUGCCGUGAUAAAUGUCUACAAUGGCUUUGUAGUCUGGUUUAUAGAACGAAAUCGCUAUCCUGGUCAUGAAGGUUCGAUGUUUAAUCAAGCCGGAACCAUGCUUUGCUCAUCCUUCACCACACUCUUCUCCUUACAUGGUAAUAUGCUGCAUAGUAACUUUUCCAGAAUGACCAUGGUGGUUUGGCUAUUUAUGGCACUUGUGAUAACUCAAAUAUAUACUGCUAAUCUUACAAGCAUGCUCACUAUUCAAAAGCUUGAACCGACUGUAACGGAUAUCGAGACUCUUCAAAGGGCAAAUGCGUUGGUUGGAUUUGGCAGAGGAUCCUUUGUCAAAAGAUAUUUGGAGGAAGUCUUACACUUUCGUUCCGAAAACAUAAGAAACUACUCUUCACCUAAUGAUUAUGCUGAAGCUCUCAGAAACAAGGAGAUAGCAGCUGCUUUUCUUGAAGUCCCGUUUGUAAAAAUAUUCCUUGCAGAAUUUUGUAGGGAAUUCAUGGUUUCUGGGCCAACCUAUAAAGUUGGAGGAUUUGGAUUUGCAUUCCCGAGAGGCUCGCCGAUGUUAACGGAUAUUAACGAAGCAUUGCUUAAGGUAUCUGAAACUGGGAAGUUCAGAGAUUUGGAAGAUAGCAUGAUUGCUAAUGAGAAAUGUGAGGAUGAGGAUCCAAAGGGUGAAAAGUCAAGCCUCAGCCCCAGCAGCUUCUUUAUAUUGUUUGUAUUGAGUGGAGGAGUAUCAACAAUAGCUCUCACGUUAUACAUCUUUAAUGCUCAUGACUUCAAUUUUCAACAGAAUACCAUUUGGAGAUUAAUGAUAGCUAUAAUGAGACAGUGGGGAAACCAGAGGAGGCGAUUUUCUCGACGAGUAAGCGAUGAAUCGCAAAUGCCUGUCUCGAAUGACACCAACUUGCAAAUUCAAGUCCAGUAAAAGAAGGGUGGUUUGAACUGUUAGAGUGUUUUCUGUUGUAUUGAAAUUAGAUGAUGAGAGAGCUCUAUUUGGUAACUUGGGGAAUCAAAUGAUUCAUUUGCAUUUCAAAAGAAAAAGAAAAUCGGAGUUUUAGAUUAGAAUGUAAAAAUUAAAUUAUGUAACCAUAGAACGUAAGGAAUAGUAUUUAACUUUGAAGAUUAGUGAUUAUUGGGUAAUGUUUUUCUUUCUUUUGCUUUAUCUAAAGCCUCAAGCCUUAGACACAUCUGUACUAUACUAUAAUUUGUACUUUUAUAGCACUUUUAUCCUCUAAUGUAGGAGUAGGUACCAACUCAUAGUUGGUUUUAUUUCAUUUUGGUUUUUCUCUUACUAUGUGUGUUGUAAUGACAGAUAUGUUUGAUACACAAUUUAGUACUUA